AUGUCGCUAAAUCUUACACCUUCAGAUCCUAGAAACGCUGAGUGGAUUGCUCUUCGUAACAAGCAGAUAACUGAGCUACAGAAUUUCCAGGACGAAGUUAAAGCUGCGAAAGCUAAGUUCUUCAAAGAUAUCGAGAAGAAGCGAGAAGAUCUCAUUGCUACGCAUCAACGUGAGAAGAACGACCUUUUGAACAAUGAGCAGGCAAACAGCUCAGGAACUGUGCUGCCAAAGAAGAGUGGUGAUAGACCUAGGCAGACACCGGCGUCCACCUCCAAGACCUCACCAUACACAAGCACGCCUCAGACACGCCUGGUUAAACAGACUAUCACUGAUGUCAUCAAUCUUUACUCUGAUGACGAUGAGCUAGUUUUUCUAGAACAAAGGAACGUACCAGGGUCAUCAACAUCUGCACCAGCACCAGCUCCAGCACUGCCUAGAGGCAACUCCAAGAAAUCCAAGUGCUCACCAGAAGCCUCAAAGCCUACGCGUAGAGAAAAUGUGCUGCCACAGUCACCGCGGAACUUGGGAGAGCAACAGAGAGCUCGCACCACCACUCUUAAUAAUGCGAAUGUUUCUACAGAUCAAACAGAACAUUCAGCGCAUGUUAAAGAACAGGGCACACGUAAGUCGCAGCAGCACGUCAACAACGUGCUUCCAUUAUCUCAAAAUAGCCCCUCUUUACCACCAGGUAUCACCACUAGAGCGCGAAAAUCGACUCUCCUAGGCAAUGCUUUCAAGAGACCUUUGGUCCCAGUCAUACGUAACCCUCUCGCCCAAAAUAACAGCGAUAUCCGAGGAAGCUCCCAGGUGACAACAUCUAGCACACACGACUCAAAUACUACGCCAAAUCAGUGUAGCACCGCAGCCACUUCUCAGACAAAUGAUUUACGUUCCUAUUUUGCCAGGAAGAGCAAAAGAAAAGUAAUCGACAUCAGUAGUGGCGAAGAUGGUGAUGAGGACGGUAACGAAGCUGGUGACGAAGAUGGUGAUGAUGGCUCAUCCUUUAGCGAUGAGGAGGCAUCAUCCUCAGAAAAAGAAGAAGAAGAGAAGAGAACGAGCACCAAGAGGGCAAAAUUGGGGCCUUCUAUAACCUCUGCCGCUACAAGUGGGCUAUCUCGUACACAGAAGAAUCGCUUUGGAUUUCAGAUCAAUCCGCAAUCGAAAGUAAGAGCAAACAGCCAAGCAGCAGCAUUAUCAUCACAAACAUUGAACAGCACUGCUCAGUCAGGUACACUAAAUGUCCCUGUCGCCGUAUCUUCGGAUUCGACUAACCACAUCAUUGCAGUUCCGACUCCAGCAAUCGCUGCAAAAUACUCAAAUCGAAAAGCCAAGCUCAACGCAGUCGCAAAGAUCGCCCAGAUUAGUCAACAAAGCCCUGAGUUCUUCGAACACACCAACACAGGCAAUGGGAAAGGCGGCCACAAAGCUACCAGUGUUGAGAAGAUGAGCAGUGGGCUACAGAGAAUCAGCAUUACCCCAGCUCCUCCCAGCAAAUAUGUUGGAGAGGAAGUAGAUGUGCUUGCAGACGAUUCAGAUGAUGAGAGCGUCAGGGCUCCUGGGCGGCGCCGAAUUGUCAAAACUACGAUAGAAAGAAAAGAGGAAGAUGGCAGAAACCCAUUUCCUUUGGAGUCAGACUCCAGUAAGCAUAAGUUUGUCAAUGGUGUAGUAUUUCCAACAGAUGAGCAGUGCAGUAGCACAAAGCCUCGCAUCAAGAGGAGAGAACACUGGCCUUGA